AUGUAUGGGUGGGAAAGUGAAAAAGCCGUUGAAGUCGCCCGGGCGGUUUGUUAUUUGCUAAUUUGUCUAAAUAUUCCAUUCAAGGAAGUUGCUGAGCUAAUAAACGCGGAUCCAAAAGAAAUAAUUUUUACAAGUGGAGCGACUGAAAGCAAUAACCUCUCAAUCAAGGGAGUAUCCCGAUUCUAUCGGUCAACAAAACGACACAUAAUUGCUUCUCAAAUCUUACUGAAUUUUCUAAAGGAGCACAAAUGUGUUUUAGAUUCUUGCCGUGCCAUGGAGAGUGAAGGUUUUAAAGUCACCUACCUUCCUGUUCAGAAGAAUGGCCUUGUAUCACCCAAGGAGCUAGAAAAAGCAAUUCAACCAGACACAGCCAUUGUUUCUAUAAUGGCAGUGAAUAAUGAAAUUGGUGUUUCCCAGCCAAUUGAGGAACUUGCUCGGAUAUGUAAAGCGAAAAAAGUGUUCUUCCACACAGACGCUGCCCAGGCUGUUGGCAAAAUCCCGAUUGACGUGAAGAAACUGAAUGUACGUGAGCUCACCCUCUUCGCUUCAUAA